AAGAAGGGGUAAGAGAGAGGGAGAUAGAGGAGGGUGGGGGAGGCCUUGUCCGAGCUGUGGAGCGCCGAACCGGGCUUAAUAAAGGAGGAGGAAGAGGAGGAGGGAGGGAGGAAGCUAUCACCUGUUAGAGGGGGCUCAAACCUGUGCUGUCAUGGAUAAAUAUCGACCAAAGAGGCCGACCACCCUGGCUCUGUUCCCUCAACUGCCACAAGCCGGCACCCAGGACUGCAUUAACAACAACUCUUUUGGAAAGAAGGACAGCUGGAAGGACUCCCACUCCUCCUCCCCACACAUAACAGGAGACCUCAUACCACCUGAUAGCCAACAAAAACCAGAGGACAAAGUCCGACGCAGCACGCGGCGCCCAGCCCCAAAACCCCCCACUGCCAAUGGAGCUAAUGGAAAAACCAACACUCAGACAGCUGCUGCCGCUGCAGACGCACGCACUCGGCCGCAGGAAAAACAGGGGCUCAGAGCCACACACACAAAUCCCUCCAGCACACCAAGGAGUCAGAGGAAAGCAGCAGGAGGAGGAGGAGGAAGAGGCAAAACAGUAGGAAGAGCAACGACAGCGAUGAGAGAGAGGACCCUUGGGGACAUCAGGGGGAAGGACGGGGUGACAGUGGGGAAGGAAGAGAAAAGAGGAGGAAGACUGUGUGAGGAGUCCAGGGGGAAAGAGAAGGAGAAGAAUGGACAUCAGAGGUCAAAAGAAACCAAUGGACUGAAAAACAAGGGGGUUGAUGGGAAAGGAAAAGUAGGUGCUAAAGGGGGUAAUAAAGGAGCGGGAUUCAAGCUGAAUAACAUUCUGUGUAACCAGGAAGUUUAUCUGCCCGCCAUGGUGGUCCCACGUACACCUGUAGCACCAAGAAAUCAGGAGAAGACCCAAGACCAAGGCCAAAACCAUGACAGGACUCAGGACAAUCCCCUUGUUCUCUCCCGGUCCAGCAGUGAGGGAGGCUCAAACAGAAUGUCCCUCAGCUCAGACACUGAGGGCCCCCCACCAGGGCCCCUGAAUCCGUCUCUGUCCCACCGAGCCAACCCUGACAUCACUGAGGAAGAGGGGGAAGGAGAUCCGACUACCUGCAUGAACAUCCAGAAUGGUCCGACCUGCUGCCUUGACGGCAACAAAAACAGAGAGAUGGGCUGUAAAAAGUCAGAGGUUAUCACAGGGAGAGGAAGAGGUGAUGGUAAGUCUGAGGUGCAUCGUACCAACCUUGUCACAAAGGAAGAGUGUGCGGGUGCUCAGACUGUACCAAAGAGUGAAGCUUCAGCGGGUUUAAAUUAUGACUCUGUUAAAUACACUCUGGUGGUCGAUGAACAUGCUCAAUUGGAGCUGGUCAGCCUCAAGGACUGCUUGCACGGUUACAACGAGCACAAUGAUGACAGCGAUGCAGAGACAGUCUAUCAGUCAGCCAAUGAGGAGGAAGACCCGGAGUAUAAGGAGGAGAGGAGGAGGAGAGAGGAAGCGAGGCAGGAAGAAAGGAGAAAAGAGGAGGAAAAGCAGAGACUUGAGGAGGAGGAGUCCAAAAAGAGGAGGGAAGAAGAUAUGCAGAGGAGGAGGGAGGAGGAGGUGAAGAGAAGGAGGGAAGUUGUGGCUAGAAUCUGCAAGCAAUCCAAAGUCAUAUCGACCAUAACCUCAGAGGAAGAAGAGUCUAAUGGAGGAAGAGCCGAAGCUUCCAGGAGUAGGAAAUUCCUCAACCUAUUUACUAACAAAGGCAGCAAUUACAGUGCCACAGGGGCUGCAUCAUUCGGCAUGUUCUCCUGUGUUUUGGAUGGAGUGGAGAGAGAGCAGAGCCACAGAGCUGCCUACCGGUUUGUCCCUCGUCAUGUCGAUGAGCUUCACCUAGAGACAGAUGACCCCGUGUUGGUGUUGAACCAAUGUGAGGACCUGUGGUGUCAGGGUUACAACAUGAGGACUGGAGCUACUGGAAUAUUCCCUGCCUUCUACGCUGUCAAGGUGUCCAAAGAUAGUGACCAAGUCCAAAGAGAUGGUUGGACAGAGCAGUUCAUGGUGAGAUUCCUCGGUUCAGUUCAGGUCCCCAUCCAUACAGGCAACGACGUGCUGUGUGCUGCAAUGCACAAGGUGGCGUGUAACAGGCGGUCCACAGGUCAGCCUCCUCCAAACUGUGUGCUGGAGGUCAAUGUGAAGGGUGUAAAGAUCACCGUCCAGGACCAGUGUCACUCCGCGCACAGGGGGGACCAGUGUUUCCAUUUCUUCCAGUUGAAGAACAUCUCCUUCUGUGGCUGUCACCCAAAACACAGCAAGUAUUUUGGUUUCAUCACCAAGCAUCCUGACCAACAACGCUUUGCUUGUCAUGUGAUGAUGUCAGAGACAACGUUGUAUCCUCUGGCUGUGUCUGUAGGGAAGGCCUUCCAGCAGUAUUACAAACAACACGUCGGUUACUCCUGUCCCACUGAAGACAUCUUCAUUGAAUAACACCUGCCCCCCUCUCACACGAUGUACUGAAUACUCACUAUGUGCAUGUAAGCCCAGUCUUACACCACAAACUGGAUCACAGAUAUAUCUCCGUGCAUGGUGGAUUUCUUUUCUUAGUGGCAUCCAGUGAUACAGCAAUCUUCUCCUUCCUUUGGCCGUGUCACAAUAGAAAAACCUCUUUGGAUGGAUAGGAUCAAACAAGCUGUUCCUGACUAUGAGAGCAAAUGUAACAUAGACCUCCCCAAAAACAAAUGCAAAUAUUUGAUAGUGAUAUAUUUUACGAGCUAAAAUUACUGACAGGUAAGUAUUUGAUGUAAAACAGUAGGGAUAGCCUUCAGGAUGAUGGAGGUAAUUUAUUGACAGAAUAUUUAGAACAUAGUGUUUGGGCUUGCAGAGUCAGUUUGGCAACUAAUCAAUGAAAUAAAACAUUAACCAAAAAAAUAAGAUGGUAAUAAUGGUCGAACGCUAAAUUCACAAGGAUUUCAACUUCUGGGACAAAAAAUGUCAUCAAAGAUUUAUGGCAAAAUAUAAAAAUUUAUUGUCUAAAUAUGAUAUAUUUUUACUAUUUGUAAACCAAUAUUUUAAUAUAGCCAUUCAGUGAGGUAAGCUAAACCCUUUUACAUUUUAAAUGGACAAAUACACUAAUAACGUUUAGUCUUAUUUUAUGUCAGGGCACAAGUGUCUAUCUCUGCAGCUCGAGUUCAAAACCAAUUCUAAAAAGCUCAGAAUAUUUAUUCCAGUGUGCAAACCAGUGAAUUUAUAUGCAAAGGUCUUGUAAAUAUGUGAACCACAAGGAAAUUGGCUUGCAUAUUUUGAAAGAAACUGUAGCUAAAUUUAGUUAUUUAUGAAAGUUGUGUUCAUACCAAAAGCAAAGCAAAGUUUUACCUCAGUAUUUGUAUUUCAUCAUUUUGGGAUGACUUGUUUUUAUUUAUAUUGGUAUGACAGAAUUACCAGGCCCUGUUGUGUCUGGUUUCAAAACAUUAUUUAUAGGCACCCAGCUUUUUCAUUUCAUCGCCUUCCCAAAAAACUAUGUCUGGAUUAACGUUACUUAUAUGAUCCCGUAUCAUAUAAAAUACACUUUACAAUUUUUUUUCUAACACUAAUAUGUGUCUCUCACCUGUCGACAAA